CUAGUUAAGGCUAGACAAGGAACGUGAUAUAAUUAUAGACUAGUAUAGUAAUUUUGAUAUUUUUCUUUGAAAUUCAGUUUGGAGGUUGCUUAUUAUUAUUAAACCUGAUAAAACAUAUUUUGCCGAAUUAAUUGUAAAUGAGUUUGGUGAAAAAAUGAACAAAACAAUGCUAAAAGUAUUUUCACCGCUCACCUUUUUUUCUAGAGCAAAAGGUUACAAACAUCCAGGUGGAAUUCGUUGUCCUGGUGGUAUUCUCUAUUAUCCAAGGGAUCCAAAUUUUAAAGAAACCGAAUGCAAUCCUGCUAAGCUCUUUAGAAUAGAACAAAUUAAAACUACUAGACAUCGGCCCUACUGGGAAAAAAAUAUAUUGGAGGAGCUGAAAAUUAAAGCUUUGAAUCAAUUUGCUAUUGUUAAAAAUAUCCCUGAGAUAAAUGCAAAGUUAUGGAAAAUUAAACACUUAAUAAAAGUUACUCCGAUAACAUUUCCCUAUGGAGAACCAACAGUGGAUGAUAUAAAACACACAGUUUUAAAAGAAAAUGGUCAAUGUAUUGUAACCAAAACAUUAAAGCCAAAAGAUGAUGAAAUUGCAGCAUUGGAAGCAUUUGAAAAGGAUCCAAGGAAAAUGAACUCUGAUACCAUAAAAAGAGAUUCUAGACUAAAAUGGAACAAUGCAUUUUCUGGUGGCUUUUAAAGUAUUUAUAAUAGAAAAAUAUAAUAGUAAAUAAUAAAAAUAAUUCAUAUUA